AUGAAGAUCACCAUCAACUCCUAUAACGCUGUCGCCGCAUGGAAGUGGGAUUUACCGGAGGGCUCUGACGAUACAUGUGGCAUCUGUCGGGUCGAGUUCGAAGGCACUUGCUCCAAGUGCAAAUUCCCUGGGGAGGACUGUCCGAUCCUCAUCGGCGAAUGCUCGCACUGCUUCCACACCCACUGCAUUAGUGGCUGGCUGCAGUCUGAGUCUUCGCAAGGCCGCUGCCCAAUGUGCCGCCAGACUUUCCGCGAGAAAGUCGCGGAAGUCAAGUCGUCCAAGUCCAACCGGCCGCGCACUCCAGCUGCUCGUCAACCACAGCAGCGCCAAGGUAGCGCCUCUAGCUCCGGCUCUGGUUGA